AUGAGCAAUUGGGGUUGUUUGUACCUGAUCCUGCGGGCAAACUUUGACGGCAUGCCGUCUGAUACGGUUCCCAUUCCACCGGGACCAAAGACAGAAGAUGGGAUAGCUGAUUAUCGGUCCGGCAAGCGAGUCACAGGGUUGAAGUACGAUAAGGGAAUGGGGGUGGUUCAUGUGCACUUUGUAGACGUGGCGUCAGGACACGAAGGCAUCAUCACGACCGACUUCAUUAUCGGAGCGGACGGCGUGCACUCGACCAUAAGAAGCCUUCUGCAGGCUCCCACCCGAAAAGAAUAUGCCGGGUACAUUGCAUGGCGUGGCACUGUGCCCGAGCGACUGGUAUCCAAGAAGGCUGUGGAGUACUUUUCCAAUCGACUGAACUUCAGUCUUAUGAAGGGCACAUACUUCAUCAGCUACAUUAUCCCGACCGAGGGUGGCCAUGUCAACCCUGGCGAGCGUCUAAUCAACUGGGUCUGGUACUAUGUCGUCCCAGAAGGCUCGCCCGAGAUGAAGGCUGUUUUCACCGAUAUACAUGGCAAACUGCAUGGUAACACUGUUCCGCAAGGACUAGUCAAUCCCUCGGUCUGGGACCGCCAAGUCGCGCGGUACAUUUCGCAGAUGAUCCCGCCGCUGGCCGAAAUCGUGGCCAAGACGCCGAAGGUAUUCGUGACAAAGGUGCGCGAGGCACAAUGCACUGUCGACGCCAGCUUCUUCGAUGGCCGCAUAGUACUAGUUGGCGAUGCGUUCACAGCAUUCAGGUCGCACAUGGGCAUGGCAUCGGAGCAGGCCGCCAGGCACUGCUGGCAGAUGGACAGGGUCUGGCGGGGUGAGAUAACGCAGAAGCAACGAGACCAAGAAGCCACUUUCUACGCCAGCAAGUUCAUCCUUCUAAACAGAAUGAUUGGGCUGGGUGGCCUGGAAUUGGUGCUUCAAGUCUGCAAGAAUGUUAUAUCGUACGCAUGGCUUACGAUCAAGCGCAAAUUAGGCUUCAUCUGA